AUGUCGCAAGUGAAGAUUGCGCUGCAGCCACCCCCAAAUGUCGAUUUUGUCGUUGGCUAUCCCGGCAUACCACCGGCCGCGAAAGAUCGUCCACAAGCAGCAGUCAAAGGUGCUGUUGAGGUGCGCGUGGGGCCUCAGGGCGCCAAAGCAAAAUGGGUCCGUGUUGAGCUCAAGAAGAUCGAGACACUCCCUGGCGGUGGUCAGACGAACUCCUACUUCGACUUCGUCGGCUCAAGUCCGAUAAACCUAUGGCAGUCGAGUGAUGAAUAUGGGUUACUGCAGUCACAAGACCUCCCGUUCCAUAUCCGUAUACCUGAGUCCAUUCCGCCAAGCAUUGCACUUGAAAGAGGCGCUGGCAUCCGCUAUGAGCUAGUCGCGACUGUUUGUACUCUUGGGAAGAAAGGUUUCUUCCGCCGCCGUAAAACUGUUGUAACAUCUCAAGCCACUACUAUCAUUAUUGACAAGCACGAACUCCACUCAACAUGGCCUGUAUACGCACAACCGGAAUCACGCACCGUCAAACAAGAUGGUGUACAUCUCACAGUGGAACGCCAACGAACAUGCUUUGGACCAGGCGACCGUGUGUCUGUCAUGGCUAUCCUCAAAUGCGACUCAGUGCAUCCAAUUGUCCUCCGUGGAUUCGAAUUUUCUCUCAAGGAAACAACCAUAUUCCGUGCUAGUACUCAGACUAGCAAGCGCAGUGGUCCGCAGUCGAAAACUGGGCUGGUUGGCGAGCAAAAGGUGCCUCUCAACGUCACGUUGUUUGGUGGCAUGCAGCACAAGGCAGAAGUUGGGUGUUUAAUCCCGAACACACAUACCACUACCACGCUCAACGCUGCGAGGCAUAUUGACAUAACAUAUGCAAUCGUAGUCAAAGCGUGGUAUAAUUCGAUGCAGGCAGUUACUAUCGAGCUUCCUGUUAUCGUCUCGAAUUGGCCAAGGAGCGUGUCCGAGGAAGCCGUUAGGCGUAUUGGCGUCGCCCCAAGCCUUUGUAUGACCCCAUCAAGCGCUGCAGCCACGGUCCCGGCUCGCCCUCUCACCGGCAACUCACAGAUUUCUGACUACAACUCCUCCACUCAAGGGCAUGGGCGCACACCCUUGACACCUCCGGCCUCAUCUAUCAAGUACAAUACUACUCCCAACGCACAAAAUGGCGAUAACCAGCACGACGAUCUUGAAGUGGAUGAGGUCGGCGCUCUCCAGAGUCACCAGUCGCGUGUGCCAGGCACAAUAGACCAGCCAGGCUACGGCUCGUCGGCGCAAAUUCCCAUGGGUAGUAUUCAGGAGGACAGCGCCCUCGCCGUGCGCCCUGCUGGUGGCUCGGGCCGCAGACGACAGGUACGGGAGGCUGUGGAACAAGCACAGAUAGCUGCCAGACAACAACAACCGACGACGCCACCGAUGAGGGGUCAACGUUCGUGGCUCUCCGCUGAGGAAGAGAAGAGGAAGCUGUAUGAGAGUGCAAGGGCUAAGGUUGAGCAGGUCCAGGGUAGUGCUGUCAUGGCUCCCCAAUCUAGUGAAACAUCUCCACAACCGAAAGGUUCUCCUUCGUUCCGUGCUGCCUGGCCAACAGCAGAAGAGGAGAAAGUCCGUCUGUUCGACAAAGCUCAAGCCACUGCCAAACGCACUCAAGCACUUGGUGCCUCAAGCCACAGCCGAGAUAGUUCGGAAGCCAAUGGCUCGCCUGGACUCUCAACACCCUCUCGUAGCAUCAAUGCUCUGUCAGCAGGUGCCGCCCUCUACCAGCACGCACUAUCCUCCAUGAAUAAGAACCCUACAAGCCACACAAGCCCCAAUGCCAGUGCGAAUAUUAGCCCCUCACGGUCUCCCAACCCUCCCUCACCACCUCUUUCGACAUCCUCCAAGAUCGUUCCACACUACCAGUCCGCCGAGGAGGAGAAAGCUGCCUUAAAGCGGUACCAUGAAGCCAAGCUCGCCGUCGAUCGGAGCCAGAACACCCAGUACGCGACUCGCGAAGGAAUUUCGUCAUCCUCAGCAGCACCGGUUGCUUACGAUACUCUCUACCCUUCAUCCAGCAUUUCUCGGAGCGUGUCCUACGGCGCGCAGCCAAGUGGGUCUGAUAUGCCUCCGCCGUUCGAUGGGCCGAAUGGCCAGCCACAGUAUCUGAAUGAAAAGGAGAGGCUGAGGAGGCACCACGAGGCACAGGAUGCGGCCGCCAUGGCUGCACAAAGUUCUGCUGCCGCUGACAUGUCGCCCUCAUACACUGCUUCCCCAUUAUACUCUCCUCCCGCACAAUCUUCUGUAACUAGCGCCCUGUCAGAGAAGGAACUACUCCGGCGGAGGUUUGAGGAACAAGACGCUGCAGCACUUGCCCAGCAGCAGCCUCAGCCUCCCCCUCCACGAGCCGUCAAUGGCUCACGCCUCCCGCCUCCCCCCGUUACACCUGUAAAUGGCUUAAGACCACUCACAGCAGCAGAGGAGAAGGCACAGCUACGUGCCAAAUACGCCGCCGAGGAACAGCAGGCCAAUGGCAACGUGUCCGCAUCUGCCUCAGGUUUCAACUCUCACCACCGUUCGCCAUCGAGUGCUGUUCCCUCGCCAGCACCACCUCCUCCGCUCAUGCCACGUCCACCCGUUGAGUAUAUCCAGGAGACUCAGGAGGAGGACGCUCGCGUGCGGUAUUACGACAGCAUAAGCAUGGGAGUUGACAAUUCGCCUAUGCGAGUUGGGUCACCGUCAGGGAUACAGCUCGACAUACGCCCGUUCACGCCGUUCAACGUUGGGCUGUACGACCCUGGCAGUCCUGCGGCACAGCGGCUUCCACCGCCACCUCCCUGGCCGCCGCAGAAUUGA